AGCAGGCAGAAGUAAUCUACAUAAUUAUCUGAUGUGGAGUUCUGUCACAACAAUACAAAAUGUCGACGGAAACAGAGUCGCAGGAAAAUUAUAUCUAUAUUUUACUGGUGGAAAUGGAUGCACUAGAGAGCGAACUUGAGCGCAUGGAGCGAGAGCCGACGGAGGCGUCCAAUGGCAAUCUGGAGGAGCAAGUACGCAAGCUCAGGGAUCACAAUUUGCGGAUCAAAAAUCUUAACACUCAGCGUCGUCGCAUCCUGGACCAGCUGAAGGAGAAGAUGUUGCAGUAUACGACCCUUCAGGAACGCCUUCAUCAAAUUGGCGAACUCCUGAUCAUCGCUGAUCUGCAUGCGGCUGUUAAGAAAAUCAAUCAGCGUCUGGACAGGAUGGUGGAGGACGCAACCUGCUCUAUUUGCCUGUUGCCCUGGACGGAAAAUGGAAUACAUCGCCUGGUCUCGCUGCGUUGUGGCCAUUUGUUUGGGAGCAGAUGCAUCCACAUGGCCAUUCGAAUGUACCAUCGCUGCCCAAUCUGCAGGCGCCGGGCCCGUCACUUCCAUGUGCGCAGGAUCUACAGUCGCAGUUUUUCGUCCCAUUAAGUCGAAUCUUCCAAUUUAUGCGGUAUCAUUGUAGUUUUAAUAUGUGCGUUCUUUCAUGGUUGAUGUUUAUUGAAAAUUCUAGUAAACAAAAGUGAGGAGGUGGUUCCUCACCUUAAGUGAGGAAUAACUAUAUACAUAUACUUAUUUUAAAAUAAAAUAAAGAUGAUUAAAACGACAAAAGACAAAUGACAAAGAUCGUUAAAAUCUUUAGGUAUUGCUACUAGCCAAGCGCUAUAAAUAUUAUAUUUAUAUGUA